UGCCAUCAGCUGUUUCGUGUGUCUUGCGUGUUUUUUUUUUGUGGCCUGCACUUUGAACCUGCUACAGCCUCGUUUCGUGCGAAUAAAGAUACGAAUUUAAGUGCGCCUGUCCGCAUUCCGGUUCGUCCUCAACCGUAGUCCGUCGCAUUUUUCGGUUUAGACUCCCGCGGAACUCGCUGCCGUGUGCACGUUAGUAGCAUUUUAAGCUCUGCGCCAGCUUUCUCGUUUGGCUCUCUCCGGAAAGAGCGCCUCCGUUCCGUUCCGCCGCCCCGCUUCCUUCGCGCGCCGUGCUCUCUCCGCUGUCUACAACUCCAUUGAUAAGCAGCAGAGCCAUCCCCCGUCCCCAACCCACUAGGCCCACGCUUCGGUUUUUAAUAAAGUUCGGCUUAAAAAAGAAAUAAAAUAAAACAAAACAACAAACAAGUCCAAAAAGCCAAAUCAAUCAAUUAAAAAAAUACGUGCGUGUGGCGAAAUUAAUUUGGUUUGCUUGCCGUUCCAUCGGCUGUGUGUUUAUUAAUUAGCAGUGCAUAGUUUCCGGCGGAAGGCUGCCGCUUUCCGUUUUUUGCGAGCUUCCGUUUACGCGGCCAAUUAGCAGCAGCAGUAGCAGCACCAAAGGAUUGUUAAAAUGACGCACUGGGAGGACUUUUACAACACGCACCUGCCGCCCGCAGACUUUGAGGACAAUCGCUCCCUCUUGAAGGAGUUCUGCGAGCGCCACAACACGCUCCAAAACCGCAUCGUCCUUGUCACGUCCGGCGGCACAACAGUUCCCCUUGAGCACAACACGGUGCGAUUUGUGGACAACUUUAGCGCCGGCACGCGUGGCUCUGCUUCGGCAGAAUACUUCCUGGACCACGAUUAUGCCGUGAUCUUCAUGCACCGCCACAAGUCGCUGGAACCCUUUACGCGCCACUUUACCGGUCAACAGUUCUUCGACAUGCUGGACAUUGCAGACAAUAGCCUAAGCUCGACGAUAGCCAUCAAGCCGGACUCGGUGGACGUAUUCGCUCCGGUUCUGGCCAAGUAUAAGAUUGCCCGCGAGACGCAGAUGAUCCUGUACGUGAACUUUACCAGCGUGGUGGACUACAUGUGGCUGCUGCGCGCCGCCUGCGAGUGCCUGGCUGCCUUCGAGCAGCGAGCAGUGCUCUAUCUGGCGGCGGCCGUAUCCGAUUUUUACAUACCCGAGGACAUGAUGCCCACCCACAAAAUGCAAUCGGGCGACGGAGCGCCGACGAUUUCACUGCAGCUGGUGCCAAAAAUGCUAGCACCCCUCGCCAGCCUGUGGGUACCGCACGCCUUUGUGGUAUCCUUUAAGCUGGAAACGGACGAAAGCCUAUUGAUUGUGAAGGCACGUGACAGCCUCAACAAAUACAAGCACAAGCUGGUCAUUGCCAAUGUGCUGCAGACACGCAAGCAUCGCGUGGUGUUCGUCACGCCCACGGACUCCUAUGAGCUGCACUUGAGCCGCGAACAGACGCUGCAGGGGCUAGAGAUCGAGGAGCCCAUUGUGGCCGAUGUGGUGCAAAAGCAUGGCGAAUUCAUCAGUAAUGCCCAGCAGCGUCAAUGACCGUUGUCUAUGCGCCGCCGUCAGACUCAGCCGCAGCAGCAUCCGCAUCAACAUCAACACCAUCUGCAGCAGCAGCAACUCCAUCAACAGCUGGUUACUGACGACGACGACGACGACGAGGCUGGUGAUCUGGAUUUGGAUCGGGAUCCUUAUGGCGUGACCAGUUCGCAUUAUUGUCGCGUGCUCAAUCCGGGCACGCCAAGCUUUGCCCGCAAAUAUUGAGCAGGGACUAGGAUAGUCGAUACGGUGAAUAUAGAGGUGGUUUGCAUAUUCCUCAACGUUUUGGUGGAUCUAUUUAUGGUCACGCCUCAUAAUUGAUGUGGCCACACUCUAUUGUUUUCAUACAUAUACAUAUAUAUAUAUAUUAGUUAAUGUAUUUUCUGUUUAUUGUUGUCGCAAGAAAUGAUGUCACUUGUAUGUAUACGCCGUGCCGCGGUCUCCCAUCCUUGUUUCCUUUGUCCCUUUUGUUUAGCGGCACGUUUAUGUCAUCGAGUAUACGCCACCGCGUGUUGCGCAGACAUCAAUAAGCGAUUUUGAUUUAUGUACGUACGGAAGAGCUUAUGAUUUCCUAUAUAUAUAUUUAAUGCAGCAUCGAUCGGGCUUUGUGGAAAUUAAAUCCCCCAAAAGGGACGUGUUUGAAAUGUGUUUAAAAGUGUAGAAAGCUGCAUGCAAUGGCAAUUUGCUGUCCCUGGACAGGCGACGCGACAAUUGAUUUGCCUGUUUUGCAUAUAUAUAGUAUAUAUAAAGCAGGGUCUGUCUAAUGUCCUUGCCGGUUGAAAUUUAUGGCGGCUCAAGCCUUGGCGCUUGUCUGUCCCAAGCAGGUCAAGUGCCAGCCCGGCAAAGGUCAGCUUAAAGCACCUCAAAUUGAGUUUCAAAGCGUUGUAACACAAACCUAAUUAACACACACAUACACCGACAACACACUCCUUUACCCGAAACUGAGUUAUUUCUUGGCAGGCUGUCCGUAUCCUCAGGGUCCUUUUGGCCGACGCCGCCACUGCCGCCUCUGCACAUUUUUAUUGCACGUUAUGCUGUGUUUUCCUUCCCCCUAAACUGGCCUGCGGUGACGGGGGCUGUUUCGUAUCCUCCUUUCCAUGGAGUUGUAACCACUUCCGUCCCGCCCGCAUUUGUGGUUUUGUGCUUUGUGCAGCCCCGAGAACUAUACAGUGUUUUUGCGCCCUUUUUUUUUUCUGGGUGGAAAAAAAUUUGAAUUUUUUCCCAGGCCGUUUUGUGGGGGCUGGCCGGGGUCUUUUGUUUGUGCCUGCAUCAAAUUAAAUUUUAUUGCGCUCGCACGCACCGCAAACACUGGGAAAAAACGUGGCAACAGAUACGAAACGAGCAGCACAAUCACACUUGUGGCUUAGGAUUUAAGCCAGGCUCCGUUUUCCGUUUCCGUUUUCAUACGUUUUCACUUUCAUUUUCUUGGCUGCGAGGCUUUUAUUGCCACACCUACACACACACACACCCCGGCGCACAUAUCAAGUCUCCCUCGUGCUGAAUUCUGCCUCGUAUCGAUUGCGCAUUAAAGUAUAAACAUAAAAAUUCAGUUUGCCAACAAGAGUUGCGUACAAUAAAAUAUGUAUAACUAGCCAAGAGGUGGUGGUUGGACAAGGACUCCUCCUUGGGAUGGUCCCGACCGAGGGAGCCAGAUGAUAUUUGCCUUAAUUGGCAAACAGUGUAUGUUUUUUUAUUCCCGUUUUCUGUGAGCUUAAACCACGAGGAUAUUUGCCAAUAGCAGUGAAUUAACAAAGAAAAUACUAUAUAAACGAUGAGUAUUCAGACCUUGGAGAAAAUCUCUUCAUAUCCCCGACUUAGGACUGAAUUCCAAUUGAUUUUUAGCAAGCAACUUACAACUUCUUACUUGAUCAUUAAUCUCUCUAACCGAAAAAAGCAAGUACUUUUCGUCUAAAUAAAUUAUGAUAACCAAGAGCGGACUAUAAGGAAAACCCAAGUGAACCAAUUUGUUAAAGUUUCAAUAUCCAAUUCGGACCAAACACAUACGAUAAAUCGAACAACUUAAUUGAUAUAGUAAACAUAUAUAUAUAUAUACAAUAUAUCUCUAUGUAUACCUUCAAGAAAGAAAACAAAAAGAAACCGAGGAAUUUCCAUUGAAUAUUUACUCUCUACAAAAAGCAUUUUGCCAGUCAAGCUAGAUAACUAUUUUAUUGUUGAAAUUGGCCUAAAAAAAAUCUUAAACUUAAAAAUAAUGCAGUUAUAGUUGCUGCAUCCUGCCCCUGUCCUUGCCCCUCUCUCUAACCGGAAUCCAAGAGCUGUUAACUGUGUAAAACCGUUGUAAAAUGUUUACCACAAAUGUACCAUAUAUAAGUAUAUAUAUAUACCUUAUUGAGUGUACUCAUCUAUACAUACAU